AUCAUUAAGCGUAAUUGAGUGUAAUUGAGUUUUCAACGGUUGGCAAGUAUUUAGGUGGUGGCGGUAGUAAUUCGCAUGUUACCAAUCUGGCAAGAGGCUGAACUGUUCAGAUAUAUGACAAAGUUUUCAUCGUAUAGGUUAGGAUUAGAGUCAUGUCAUGUUAUUCAGAUGAGGGAAGGGCUACACAGAUGAAGUGGACAAUGGAAUCCAUCAAGAGAUGUUCGGAAUUAGCAAUAAAAUUCUGUGACGGGGAAGACAGAAAAGAACAACUGAAGAAACUUAGUGAUCUUAUGGGCACAUGCUGCUUCCUUGAUAACAAGCAUGGGAUAGCUAAAGCUUCCAUUCUUAACGUUCAGAAGAUUUUGGAGGAGAACAGUGGCAGUGGAGCAGGAAACAGCGAAGGAACUGAUGGACACAAUCCAAACGUCCGUGAGCUUUUCAAUGAGGAGAUGGAGAAGAGAAGUUCUCGUGCUCCCAACCCAAAGAAACAUGAAAAGUACAUCAACUUUAUAAAGAACACUGAACUUCUGAUGAAAGCUGAAGUUAGCGGUGACGAUGAACUCACACUCGUAGAUGCUGAAACAUUAACUGUUGAUCCAAUAACAAAGCAGAGGAUGACAGAUCCUGUCCGCAUCAAGCAGUGUGGCCACACCUUUGAAAAGAGGAGCAUCAUGAGUCUUCUGAAGAAGCGGCCCCACAUCAGAUGCCCCCUUCCAGGCUGCGUGCAGAAAUCCAUACGUGCCACUGAUCUGGAGGAGCACCACGAACUGAAAUUACAGCUGGAUCAUGCCUUGAAGGCAUCUGGGACGGAUAGGAUUCAGUAAUUGAUUGAAGUUAUUGUCAGCUGCUGCUGAAGCAAUGGGUUAUAAGAACAGCAUGAAACAAAUAACGUCUGUUCAGAUUGGGUUGUCAGAUAUUUGGUUCGAGAACCAUUUCAGAUUUUCUAUAUGCCUUAUUCAAAUACCCCACAUCUGACACCAGAAAUUUUAUGUUGUAUUGUGUGGGGAUAUGGUACUGUAUUGUGGGUGUUAUGAUACAGUACCAUAUCCCCACAGAAUACAACACAUCAAUCUGGUGUCAGAUGUGGAGCUGUGUGUGAACUCGUGCACUGUACGCAUAGUGACCUCUGAGUGACAUUUAGUUUGAAUACUUCCCUUUGGCUUAAAGUCAAAUACACUUCUUAUCCCUUGCUGAUUAAUUAGUGCUUAAUCAACAUAUGGGGGCUGUUCGGAAGGUAACCUCCACUGAGCUGUUAACAAAACAGGCAAUGGGAAAAGAAAAUUUGUUGUGUAGAGAAAAUACCUACUUGAGCUACUUCUCGACACAGUCAUCACCAGAAUUGAGGCACGUUUUGUAUUGGGGAAUAAGUUUUUGUAUGACUGUGCCAAAUAAGUCUGUCGCCUGUGAGCUCGGCCACCUUUUGUCACCUUCCAUCAACUCCACUUUAUUGUUGAAGCACUUUGAACGUUGAAACCAAAGAGUGGACAAAGCAGUAGAUGCACACACAUUCAGCAAACAAACUGAGAAAGUUUAAACCAAGAAGCUGAUAGCAGCUGUUUCCUGGGACAGGGAAGCAGUGCUGAUGGUGGAAUUCAUGCAACAUGGGAGGACCACAAUAACAUGAGAAGAGUAUUGUGAAACAUGAUGAAAUCUGCAUAGGGCCAUUCAUAACGAAAGACAUGGAAUGCUGACAUCUGGUGUAGCACGCUUGCAUGAAUAGGGUAUUCACAUCACAUCAACCCUUGAUGGUAACAGAGACAGCCUAUGAAAAGUUGUGUACUCAUUGUACAUUGGCUGAUUGCCCAAGAAAACUUCAUUGCAAUAUUCUUAUCCUCAGAUUUAAGUGUAUCAGUUGUUUCAUCAUACAAGAAAAUGUAUUUGACAUUAAACUUUAUGUGUCAAUUUCA